UUUCCUCAAAAAUGCAAAGUUAUAGCGAUACUAGUUCAAUGUUGAGUGACGAAUUCAUGAAUAUUCCUACAACUAAACUUACUGAUAAAAAGGAUAUCCAAAAUAUUGGCCUUAAGCUUAGUAGAAGGAUUCAUAAAAUUAAAAAGUUUAAGAACAAGGGAGUUAUCCAAGCGAUCAACGCCUACUUCAAUGAGUACAUUGAGACUACUCCGAAAAGACUUCCUACUAUCCGUCGAAUGAAGCUCAAGCCAAGGGACUUUGUGAGGAAAUCCAGCCUUGCAUCAGAAAGCCCAAAGGCAAAGGAUUACAUUCAGGGAAAGCUGAAAUAAGUUUGGACUACUUAAGAUUGACCGUAAAAACAAGCUCUUGGUCCAAUUUAAUAAGGCAUCAAGCAAAAAUAAGAUAAAAUCCUAAGUUGAGCCAGUCUCCAGUACACAAGUCCAGCCAAGGGAAGAUAAACCUCGCUUCAAUGGGCUUAGACUUGUCGAAUACCCUUCAAGUGAAUAAGCAGAGGUAUUCCUCUGUGAUAACCCGGGUAGAGAAUUCGCCUAAAAAGAUGGCAAACCGAACUGGAAUACGGUAUGGUAAAGGGCAAAAGAUGUCGAAAAUUCUGAAGAUCAACACAAAGCUUAAGUCAAUUUACAGAGAGCAACUGAAUUCCCCUAAUAUGAAUUAUUUUAGAAACAGUUCAGUGCCAAAGAGGUCCAAAAAUAUAGCAGAUUCUAUGAACUUUCCCCAGAAUAUAUCCCAGCUGAGCCUUGACUCUGAACAGUCCGGCAUGCAGAGCAUUAAGAAGAACAAUGAGUUCACUGAAAAGUUACAGAACAGUGUACACAUCCCUUCUAGCCAGGUGUCAAAGAAUGGGUCUGAGUUGAAUGAGAAAAUAAAGUCGUUCUUUCCUCAACUGGAUUGUGCUAAAAAUUCAUCACUAGUCAGUUUCCUCUCGAAGCAGCCGUUGGGAGAUAAGAUAGAGACCUUUAAUCACAGGAAACACUCAUUGGUGUUAAACACAGAGCUUGAGAGCUUAUUUAAUAUUAAGGAAGGGCCUCUGAAGAAUAACGUUAGUCAGACUAAAAAGGCCAGGAAUAAGAAGUCAUCACUGGGGCUGUUCUUUGAUCUAGAGUCAAAAUAAGCCAAUUUAUGACAUGACAGUGUACUCUAAGGUUCUCAACCAGCAGUUGACAAAGAUGGACAACCAAUUCUUGCAGGACAAAUACAAAGCAUAUCUAGAGACUAAGAAGAAAAGGAUGAAGCAGGUGAGGAACUCCACCAGAUUCUAAUACUUCAGGACAUGCUAUAAUUUUUUAAUUUACAAAUUCAAUC